AUGCGGGCUUGCAGGCCAGUGUUCAGCACGUGUCUGCUGCUUGGUCGUUUGUAUCAUACCCCAGCUGUUGUUAAUGAGUUUCGAGUGUUGAGUCACCGUCUGGUUCCGGAGGCUUGGCCCAAAGGGGUGCUCGCUCGUUGGACGGAGGUCCACGGCGCAGACGCCAGCAAACGGCACAGUACAGAAACGAAAACUGCCCUGAAACUGCUUUGGCGUCAGGCAGACGCAGACGUGUGGAAGCUGGUUCAAGAGCGAUCUGAUCCGCUCUGGCAAGGUACGCGAUGUGUGCUGCUUCGUGGCCCACCAGGUUCCGGGAAGAGCACGAGUCUAUUUCACGCUGUCGAGCGAGCUCGUGAGCAGGACUGGCUGGUGUUCUAUCUGCCAAACCUGUACCACUGGCUACAUGAACGCGACUCUUGUGACGUGGUUCUAACACCGCGACCUCGAGGUGCACGGAGUGCGAGCUUGUUGCGCGAACCUCUUUUCUUCGAUCAGGCUCGUCUGGUGCUUGACAGCCUGCAGGCGUGUCGCCAGGUCCAUGCCCGAACGCUGGAAUCCAUUACCUGUCUUCCUACGGAGCAACUGCUUCGGGAGAGUGACCUCGAUGAUGAAGCGCGGGACGGAGAUGUGGCGCGCCAGACCGCCACGUCUACUGAUCAGCAUACCAACCUGUUGGGACUGGUGGAUGCCUGCUUGCAAUCUGGCCGCCGACUGGAAGGUGAGCUCGCCGAGUUGAACCUGGAUGCCUUUGGUCGGACUUAUCGGCUUUUUCUGCGCCAACUUCAAUGUGUCCGACAGGUUCCUGUGCUCUUUGCAAUCGAUGAUUGGAAUUUGUUGAAUGCACUCACGAGCAUUCGGCAUCCGCAGAAAAAGGGACGUUUCUUGCAUGCCAGUGCGCUUCGUAGCCUUCGUCCGCUGAACGCAUGGAACAUGUUUACGCGCUUCGGGGCUCGAAUGCGACGUGGACUGGUGCUAUGCGCGGAGACCAGCGCUCGGGGCCUCGGACGUGUGCGGGCGUCUCGCGUUGUGGGCUCUGUUCUGCACCGACCAACACCGGCAAUGCAGCGGGACCCUGACGGCAGUCAGGCUGCCCGAUGGGUGGACCAGGAACUUCCGUCGAAUUUGCAACCAGUGAUCCAGGAAAUACCGCGGUUUCACAGCGACGAAAUACAACGAAUACUCAAGGACUUCCAGGAUCACAAGGUUUUCCACGCAGUCGAUGCGCAUACUCUAUGGCGGCUAGAGCGUCUCGCUUCUGGUAACGGAGUGCGGCUGCUGCGUAUCUGUCAGUCGAUUUAA